GCGGUGACGUGAACGGUUUUUCUCUCGUUGCCCACCGCUUGGUGUGAGUGUUUGGGGCCUAGGCGGAGAGCUGUGCCAGCAGCAGGGGCAACACUCUUGUGUCGCAGGGCUGUCUUGCGGGUCCGUCUCCGUAGCCCGGUUCGCGAGCGCCGAUGUCGAAGAUGUCCGGCCAGAGCCUCAACGAUCGGUUGAUGGCAGCCCGGCACACCAUAGCGGGUCAAGGCCUCGCCAGGGUGGUCUGCAAAGCGACCACCGAGGAAGUGAUCGGCCCCAAGAAGAAACACCUCGACUACUUGCUGCACUGUACGAACGAGCCCAAUGUCUCAAUCCCACAACUGGCCAACCUGCUGAUAGAACGGGCUCAGAACACCAACUGGGUAGUCGUCUUCAAAUCCCUGGUCACCGUGCACCACCUCAUGUGCUAUGGUAACGAGAGGUUCACCCAGUACUUGGCUUCAAGCAACUGUACAUUCCAGCUGGGUACCUUUGUGGACAAGACGGGUGUCCAGGCUGGCUUUGACAUGUCGACAUUCAUCCGACGCUAUGCCAAGUACCUGACAGAGAAGGCUGUUUCCUACCGCACUGUGGCGUUUGACUUCUGCAAGGUGAAAAGGGGGAAGGAAGAUGGAACCCUACGCACCAUGCCGACUGACAAGCUUCUGAAGACAGUGCCUGCCCUGCAGAGUCAGCUGGAUGCCCUGCUUGAGUUUGAUUGCACAGCGAACGACCUGACCAACGGAGUGAUCAGCUCAGCCUUCAUGCUGCUGUUCCGUGACCUGAUACGUCUCUUUGCCUGCUACAAUGAUGGGAUCAUUAAUCUGCUCGAAAAAUACUUCGACAUGAACAAGAAGCACUGCCGCGAGGCCUUGGACAUCUACAAAAAGUUCCUCAUCCGCAUGGACCGGGUAGCAGAGUUCCUCAAGGUGGCCGAGGCGGUGGGCAUCGACAAAGGUGACAUCCCCGACCUUACCAAGUACUUUGAAGUGUUCCUAAUAAGCUUUGCCAAUAGGACGUCAGAGGCACCCAGCAGCUUGCUGGAUGCCCUGGAGCAGCACCUGGCUGCAUUGGAGGGGCGCAAAGGAGGAACUGCUACAUCGGCCGUGUCUGCAACCAGGGUGAACAGCAACGUGCAGAGCGCGGUGUCGGCGCUCUCUUGCACGAGCAGUGCCUUUGGCUCGGCUGGAGGCACAGGGGCCGAGAUCAACGGUGUGCGCGUGGACGAGGCCAGCGUGCGCAGGGCCCUCGAGGAAGAAGCAGCCGCCAUGAAUCAGCUGAAGCCAGCUUUGGGCAGUGCUGAGGAGCGGCACCUGAAGGAGGCAGAGGCCAGCACCAACCCGUUCCUGUCGGCAUCGCCCGAGCCUCCUGCGGCUUCGGCGGCUGCCAGCAGCGGCGAUCCCGUGCUGGAUCUGUUCUCUGCCGCCCCGGCCAGUGAUGACCUGCUCUGCCUGGGGAACCCGUUUGCCGAGCCCAGCCCAGCGCCACCGCCACCCCCCACCGUGCAGAGUCCACAGCAACAGCAGCAACAGCAGCAGCAGCAGCUAGCCUUUGCACACUUCACUGCUAAUGGGUUCAUGUCCCAACCAGUCUCCACGCCCUCAACUACCUUUGCAUCAGAUGCCUCAUUUGCCGCGGCCUUUGGUUCAGUGCCACCUGCGGCUGCCUCGGAUGAGGAAGAGGAGGUGCACCCUACCGUGGGUGGGUUGACGCUGCCCACACUUGAGCCCCCACCACCGCGUUCCUCAUCACCAUCACCCACGGCCGAGUUGAUGCGAGGUGCCGGCACCACUCCCAUCCUGGCGCAUAUGCCAGAGCCUGGCUUUGGCGAUCUGGACACCUCGGAGGAGCCCUGGCCCAGUGAGCCCUUCGAGUCAGCUACUACUGCUGCGACUGCUGCUACCGCCAGCAGUGCCGCCUCGGCUGGCUGGCUGGGCUUCAACCAGGGCCGGCCACACGAGACCACGUCCACCGCAGUGUCCAGGCCAGCGAUGGCAAAGAAAGUUGUAUCUGGAUCAGCGAUGCCUGGCACAGCGAUGGCCGGUUCGACAAUGCCUGGCACAGUGAUGCCUGGCACAGCGAUGGCCGGUUCGACAAUGCCUGGCACAGCAAUGGCUGGUUCAGUGAUGCCUGGUGCGGCGAUUCCCAGUUCGGUGGCGAUGCCUGGCACAGCGAUUCCCAGUUCUAUGGCGAUGCCCGGGGCUGCAAUGGCAGGUGCUGCGAUGCCUGGAACUGUAUUGGUUGGCCCUGCAAUGGCCAGUCCAGUGAUCCCUGCUUCAUCAGUGGGUGCACCAAUGCCUGGUGCAGGCAUGGCCAAGCCACCAGCCAGGCCAGCUUCAGCCCUGGAUGACCUCAACUUUGCCAUUCAGCAAGCCAUGGGCGGUGUCUCGUCACCUGCUCACAGCGCAGCCCCAUCAGGUCUGGACUCAUUUGGAGAUGUGCUGCAACCUCGGCCACUUAUGAGUGGGCUGGCCAGCCCUGCAACCAGUGCGCCCACAGCUUCUGAAGCACCACUAGCGGCCUCAAAGGCUCCAGCUUCGACGGGGGGUGGCCUACUGAAGGGAGACUUGGACGCUACACUGGCUAGUCUUGCACAAAACCUGGACAUCAAUGGCCCCAAGCAGGCUGCGGCACGCAAGACUUCAGGUGGAGGCCAUCAGUGGGGGUCACCCAAGCCAGCUGGCAAAACCGGUGGCACCAACUGGACUCCAGUUGGUGGAGCGUGGGCUGGCAGUGGCUCCCCUCAGCACCUCUUCCAGCCGCAGCCACCAACGACGGUACCGGCGGCCCCCGUGGCAGGUGCACAGUGGGGACCCAUUGGGGGCACCUUUGGGCCCACGCCUCUGGUGCCAUUCCGGCCACCUCAAAUGGCAGCACAGCCCCCUAUGAUGACUGCGGCAGCACCUGGUAUGUUCGGCGUCCCAGCACCUGCACCAAGCAGCCAGCCUGCUGUCAACGACCCUUUUGGUGCCCUCUGAAGCUUCAGGUGCGGACCCCCAGGCCCGAGAGGAGCGACAGACGGCUAGUCCCCGCAGUAUUCCCUCCCCCCAGAGGUUAUUUAUGUGUGAGAGAGGGCGCGUGUUUGCGCAGGAGGCUGCGGAGUGUUUGUGCAUGCUGUACAUUUUGUUUCUGCACAUGCCCCCCGUGCUGGCCAGAGAUGACACAUUCCACAGUGUUGCUCUCCCUGGACCCGUGGAGCAGCCCAGCUUUAGGAGUCCUCCCCUCCGGCUGUUUAGCAAGCUAGGCCACCCCCCCCCUGCUGUGAUGUACUUGUGGAGCAUGCCAAAAUAAAUUUGUUGCCUUAUUACA